AUGGCCAGAAAUGGGGACCAUGUUAUUUCCAUGGAGGAGUUGCUUUCGAAAAAGGUUAAUGUUGUCAUAACCGAAGCUGGUGAAACAAGCAGAGGCCGCGACAAUUCCGGCCUGCGGAGGCGGAUCAUUGAAAUCGGCGAGGAUGCCUGCAAGCUGAAAAAACAGAGGUUUGAGAAACUGCGGAAAUCAAAACCAGAUCAACCCGGUAUUACUAAGCCAAAUGGAAGUCAAAAGGCUACACCAAAAAUACAAAAGGUUCCGCUGUUGCUGCAAGAUCACAAACAUUUCGACAAGUAUUUCAAGCCAAGGAUAGUUGCAAUCGGUCCCAUCCAUCAUGGUGAGCCAAAAUACAAGCGAGCCGAGGUGUACAAGCUUAGAAUGGCAUCCUACUUCGUCAAAGACAGUGGUAGAAAGGAUGACAUUUUGUACGACAUUGUUGAGAAGAACAUCGAGCAACUGAGGCAGUGUUUCGACGAGAAGGUGACCGAGAAAUAUAGCGAUCAGGCCCUCGCCUGGAUGCUGUUUGUGGACGGGUGUGCAAUAUUACAGUCCAUCCAUUGUGCUGUUAGCAAUAACUGCAAAGACUGGACAAUGAAAUACGAUCUGAUGGCCUUUACGAAACAGGAUUUGUUCCUGUUGGAGAAUCAACUUCCUUAUCAGCUCCUUGUGGAUUUGAUGAAUUCCAGCGCAAAGAAAGCUGAAUUGGAGAAGUGCAUCCCAAUCUUCAUCAAUCAGCAGGCCGUAUACAGUAAGUCGCAGCCGUGCGAGAAUGGAUUACCGACUACGGAAAGGCCAAUCCAUCUUCUCGAUCUCCUCCGGACGAAAAUCAUGAAAGGUAAUCGACAAAGUACUAACGGCCCCAUUAAAGCUGGCGACAAAAGCAAAAGUACGAAGGUGCAAAACAUGAUCCAAUCAUUUCUCGGUCUUCUCAGCUGGAAACGUCUUCUAUGGGAAAGUGAUGACAGAAAGAAGAACGGGAAACGAUUAAAGUUGACUUAUCGCAACGUGGAGGAGCUUAGAGUAGCAGGAAUCUAUAUGAACUGCAAUGAUAGUGAUGAUCCCUUGACAACAAUACGUUUUAAUAGAUUACUCGGUUUCUACCCGGGAUACCUCUGGCUUUCUCCAAUAACAGUUGAUGACGCAAUGGGGCCCAAGUUCUUGAAUUUGAUAGCCUACGAGAUGUGUCCGGAUUUCUACAACAAGUUCGAGAUCACCUCAUACAUAUUAUUCCUGGAUUCACUCAUUGAUAACAUCAAAGACGUAAUGGCGUUGAGGAAUAAGGGAAUACUCAAGAACUGCCUUGGCAGCGACAAGGAAGUGGCUCGACUCUUCAAUGAGAUCGGCACCGACUUGAUUCCUGACCCCGACGCAUAUGGGGAUGUCAAAGAUGCCAUUCAGAGACACUACGAUGCUACGUGUAUGAACUGGAUUGCUGAAGCCUUCCACGAGCAUUUCAGAAGCCCCUGGGCAAUUAUGGCUUUUUCGGCCGCCAUAAUAGUACUCAGCCUAACUUUCAUACAGACUUGGUUCGCAUUCAAAGAAGACAGAGGUAAUUCCCGACCCCGAGUUCGGCGCUAGUUGCGAGUU